UUUGGCUCUGAGUUUAAUGGACUGGGUCUCUCUCUCUCUCUCUCGCUCUCUUCUCUUCACUUUCUCUCUUGGCUUUCCCACUUUCCCUUUUCCUUUUUUUCUUACUCUUUUUUUUAACCUUUUGGGUGUUGGGCGAAUCCGGGAUCUACAAUCAUGUCAAGUGGUGAGACAGCCGACGAGGCAGCGAAGAGACAGCGAGUUAGCCGCGCGUGUGAUCUUUGUCGUCGCAAAAAGAUAAAAUGCGACGGACUCAGUCCCGUUUGUAGCAAUUGUCAAGCAUUCACUCUGGAAUGCAGCUACAAUGACACUACCAAAAAGCGCGGACCACCCAAAGGCUACAUUGAAGCCAUUGAAAAUCGAUUGCACAAGCUCGAGCAGAUAUUGAGCGAUCUGGCCGAGAAUACUGAGGAUCCAAGGUCGCAAGCAGUGCUAGCAGAGCUCCAUCAGCCGCUCGAGACGGCCACAGGCGAACACAUCAGCACUCGACCUGUACGUCGCGGACGUGGCAGUAACAAAAACAGGGCGUUCUUUUGGCAAAGCAACACGGCCGGCAGUGGCAGCAGCAACAAAAAGUCCAAGAAACGCACUCACACUUCUCCACCUGGCUCACCCGCUUCAUCGCCUCAACUCAUGGAGAGUCCGACGCUCGGUCAUGCAGAGCUUUCGCCAAACAGCCAUACUGGAUCCGUAGCAGCAGCAACCACGACCGGAGCAGCAGACGACAGCAAUGGACAAUUGUCAAUGGACGAAACCGGCCAAGUGCGGUAUCUGGGCAAAUCGUCCGGGUUCUAUCUCCUUCAAAACAGUCGCACGUAUCAAAACGGCGCAUUCCACCUGACCAAUUGCGGCCAUACCAAGACGGCUUUCAACAGCAAGCGCUCGACGCCGUUGGACAAGUUCGAGUUGCCACCGAGGGACUUGUCCAUGCACUUGAUUCGUACCUAUUUCACGCAUUACUAUCCCGUGCUGCCACUCUUUUACAAACGCCUGCUGCACUCGUCCGUAGAUCCACCGUCAGACAACAUUUCUCCGCUGCUGCUCAAUGCCAUAUAUGCUGUUGCUUCUCGGAUAUCCCCAGAUGUGCGUGUGCGUUCUGACCCCAAUUCACCCGACACGGCCGGCGACAUCUACUUUGAGCGUGCGAAAUGUCUUCUCGACGAUUAUUACGAUACGCCAAAGAUAUCGACGGUGCAGGCUUUGUUAUUGAUGGCGAUGCAUCAGCAUGGUGCCAUGAACUCUCCUCGAGCGUGGCUUUAUAGUGGUCUCGCUUUCCGAAUGGCGCAAGAUUUGGGCUUACAUCGCAACUGCGAUCAUUGGAACAUUCCUCCAGACGAACGAGAACGACGGAAACGUGUAUUCUGGUGCUGCUUUAUUGUUGAUCGACUGUUCAGCGCACUGUUUGGCCGUGCAUCGGUUUUUGAGGAGCGAGAUUGUGACGUGCCUUUUCCGAGCGUAGACGAUGACCAAGAGAUCGAGGCAAACAUCAGCAGCAACAGCAGCAACAUAGGGCGACCACCCGUGCGACUUUUGGAAUCGUUUAUACAGCUGAUCAAGAUUUGCGACAUCCUUGGCCACGUGCUCAAAAAUAUUUAUUAUGCAAAGGCGCGGCAUCAUGCAGGAACGCAGCAUAUCGACCAUGUUUUGUCCGCGCUUAACCAGCAACUGACCAACUGGUUCAACAGCAUGCCGCCAUCACUGCAAUACGACAUGCCAAUUGGCAACGGCGAAGGAUGCUUUGAUCCGCCGUCACCAGUGUCACAGCUGCAUCUUAUAUACUACUCGACCGUCAUUCUGCUGCAUCGGCCAUUUAUUCCGGGUGGGCCUUCUCAACCACCUUCAUCGUCCUCAUCAUCGUCUUCUUCAUUGCCUUCGUACAACAUUUGCAUGUCAGCCGCUAACUCGAUCCUGGACAUUGUCAGUAUCAUGCUUUCCGAAAACAACCUCAAGUAUGUUUCGAACUUUACGGUCUACUACAUCUUUACCGCCGGCAUCAUCUUUAUGAAAUCUGCAACGGCAGCUGCGGACUCGGAAAAGUCUUUUGAGUCCAAGGUCAAGAUUAACAAGAUCAUGCGUGCUCUCGAUGAGAUUGAAUUGACUUGGAACACCGCGUCUCGAAGCUGUAACAUCCUUGGAGAACUUGCUGGUCUUCGUGACAUUAAUCUCGAGUGUGAUAGACGAGAAAAUGCAUCUGUUCCACAACAACAACUACAACAACAACAACCAGUGCCACCGAGCAACAGCGACAGGAUGCAGGCGUCACCACUGUCAAUGGCAUUUUCUUCACCGAAUGCUCCAAACAAGGAGAGGCUGGAAGCAUCGUUGCAACAGCAACAGCAACAGUCGAUGGGUAGUAGUAGUAACAACAGCGGAUGGAUGAACAACAAUCGGCUACCACCCACACCGCUGUCUCGUCCACCAGAACUUCUCGGCAACAACAACAACAGCAGCGGCAACAACAAUGCAUAUUCAUUUUCGACACCAUGGCUGAAUGUAUCCAACACAUACGAAUCAACUGCACCGACAGUCGAUCCGUUUGCUGCACCAGGGACCAUUCCCGGCCCAGCACAACAACAAUUUGAUCCAUUAGGAGCGGCAUUCUGGGGUGUUCCACCGUCGAUGGACAUGAAUGAAUGGAACAAUUAUCUGGGGGCAGCACAAAUGAACAGUACAGAUUAUAACAACAACAACAACAACAACACUGCGUUUCCUCAACCUGUGGCGAAUACGACGACGACUGAAGGACAACAACCAUUGAUACCAUCGCACGAAUUCGCACCUGUGCAACCACAAGCGCGCCUUCCUUCUUCCUUGCAAUCACAACAACAACAACAACAACAACAACCGCAGCAACAGCAACAACAGAGUCCGAUGCAGGAAAGACUCAGUAUCAACAAACACCUGAUUCACACAGAUGAUACGGUUGAUGUCUUAUCAGGAGUGUCGAACCUGACGCCACCACCUAGAGAGCUUGCUCUACUCAACUACUUGGGAGCAACACCAGACCCUGCGGGACCUAAUGGAUAUAGCAUGGGCUUGGCAGGUACAGGCCACACUACUGCUACAAGCAGUACCACGAGUAGCUCGAGCAGUCGGCAACAACAACAACAACAACAACAACAAAACGGUGAUUCCGGUAGUAGCAGUAGCAGAGAUCCCUCUGGGCUCAUGUAUUGGUAAAAAAAAUCGUGUUGUCAUCAUUAUUUUUUCAUUAUAAUUUAUAUUGCAUUUUUGUUUCAUUCUUCUUUUUUCCCUUGUAAAUCUUCUAUUGUUCUUUUACUACUUUUGCUAUACUAGUUGUUACUCUUUCUUUUUGUUAAACACUACUUCUUCUUCUUCCUUCUUGCAUACAUACCCGAAACUUGUAGAGACCAUCCUUUUUUCUUAUUUCAUUUUUGGAUUAAUAAUAGUAACAAUAUGAUGGUGAUGACCAUUGAUUUUUCUUUCGCC